AGGAGGAGCUGGGCGGCAGUCAGGAGCUGGGUGGCAGAGACGGGCGAGAUCGCGGCCCGGGGAGAGGGAAAGCCAGCGGCGGCUCGGGUCUGCGGGGGGCGAUGGAGGGGUCCCGCUCUCCCCGGAGCGACGGCGACCGCCUGUGCAGCGCCGCCGCCCGCGGGGACCACGAGGAGGUGAGGAGGCUGCUGCAAGCAGGCGUGGAUCCCAACGGGACCAACCGCUUUGGGAGAACCCCGCUCCAGGUGAUGAUGCUGGGCAGCCCGCGGGUGGCCGAGCUGCUGCUGCGGCACGGAGCCGACCCCAACCGCCCCGACCCGCGCACCGGCUGCCUCCCGGUGCACGACGCGGCCCGCGCCGGCUUUCUGGGCACGCUGGCGGCGCUGCACCGGGCCGGGGCGCGCCUCGACCUCCCCGACGGCGGCGGCCGCCUGCCCCUCGACGUGGCGGCGGGGGGCCCGCACGGAGCCGUGGGGCGGUACCUGCGCGACCCUCCGGCCCUGCCCGGAGCCCCCGAGAAGGCCGCACGCUGA